AUGGCAUUCAGCGAGUCGGGUCUCAGCGCGAAAUUGUCGACGCUCAAUGAGACCCAGGACAGUAUCGUCUCGGUGUCGCAAUGGAUCAUGUUCCAUAAGAGACAUGCCGAUCGCAUCGCCAGCUACUGGCUCACCCGCCUCCGCGACUCUCCGCCUUCCAAACGCCUGAAUUUCAUCUAUCUGGUCAACGACAUUGUCCAGAACGCCCGGGCUCGGAAACGCACCGAGUUCCCAGACGCCUUCGCGCCCCUGAUGGCCGAGGCCAUACAGACUGCAUACCGCUCCUCGCCGGCCGACAUCCAAGGCAAGAUCCGCCGCGUGGUGGAAGUGUGGCGGACACGCAAUGUGUUUGAAAUUCCCAUUCUCGAAGCCAUUGAGGCUCGUAUCGACGAGAUCGACAAGUCGAAGGGGUCGAGCGGCAAGAAGACGCUCAUGGGGAACUCGCUCUUCAACUCGACUUCAUCAACAGGAAUGCCAAAGGAACUCGAAACGCUGGCGCCUUUGCAGAUAGCCGUGACCAAGGAGACCAUCUCGGCGCGACCAGCAAUCGACGCCGCGCAGACAGAGUACACAAAGCUCAACGACCCUUCAGCUGCAUUGCCUAGUCCACCGGUACACGCUGCACGCUUGUCGAGUCUGAUCAAAUCUCUCGCGGCCGCGGAAUCGUCCGUGUCCGCCAGCAUCAAGGCGCGCAAGGCUCUGAUCGCCGACCUCGAGCGCAUUCUGGAAAUCAACAAAUCCGCACUGGCCAAGGACGAGGAGACGCAUCUGGAGCUCGACAGUCGAAAGGCCAGCACUGAAGCCAAGAAGCGUGAGGUCGAAGACGGAAUCAUCCGCGGAUUGUCCGCAGUCGAUCAUUCCUCCGCCGAGACCAGCGCUGGCACAGGGACCGUUUAUUCCCCAGGUCUCGACAACGGCGCUGGGUUAUCCGAGCGUCCGGAGAUCGAAGAACUGACUCCCGAACGUGCAUUCCCCGGAGACGACUUUGCCAUCGGCGGAUUCUACGAACCUAACCAGCAGCCUGUGCCGGCGACCGAAUCUUCUGCAUCAGACCAACCUAGUAAUCCCGCCGUGGCUGCCGCGUUGGCCGGCUUCUCAGGAGGCGACUAUGAUCCUCUGACCAGCCACUUCAGUGACAAUACCUAUGGCUAUACGAGCGCGGUGCCGCGCGUCCGGUCCGCAAGUGGAGGCCCAGGCGUGAAUGGACUCGGUGUCAAAAGGCGCAAAAUGUCCCACGGGGAAGGAGACGCCGUACCGGAUCUAGGAGAGAUGGGCAUGGAAGGGUUUGGACGGCAAGAGGCGGCCGGCCUGGAAGGAGGGAACCUACCGAACGAAGAUUUCUUGAAGAACUUGGACGAGGACGUUGAUGAGCUAUUGAGGCAGGAGGGCGGUGGGUAUUAG